GGAAAAAUCAUUUUUUAAACAUGUAACACCUCUUAAUGCUCGAACAACAAUAUUUACCUAUAUUAUUGGUAGUGUUCCUAUGAACCGAACUGAAACCGAACUUUGGUCAAGUUCAGGUUCAGGUUCA